AUGCUCAAAAUUUGGCGCGUAGAUGCAGAGAAUGUCCAGGCAUAUGACAAGAUGCUAGAGAAUGGCCUGGCAGAGGAAUUGGCUGGGAACUCCUUCACCAGCACUGUGGUGCAGGCAGUGGUUUUGGCAUCCUUUGUGACCUGCGAGUGUUGGUUGCACAUUGAUCUGCAAGAAAUGCCCGCCAAGCCCAUGGUGGCACCAAAAAAGAUUGAGACAGUCAAGGCAGCACAUGCUGCAAAUCAAGCUGUGCCCAAUGAGAGGAAAGCUAGGAAGGUUGACCCGAAGCCUUCCCUUGACAGUGAGCAGAAAGGUCUGAAGCGCAAGUUUGAGGGUGAGAGUGUUAGCCAACGACUCCUGCCAGAUGCGCAGGUGGUUCCAUCCGAUGAUCCCCUACAUCAUCAAGUUGCUCAACAACCUGAUGGUGAACAACAGGUUGUCAGACGGCGUCUUCGCGAAAAAACGCCAGCAACACUCCUACAGCUCAAACCACUUUGGAAUGAGGUGAUUGAAAUGAUUCGCGGUGACAUCAAGGCAACCGGCCUUGAGACUAUCAAACAGCAAGAUGAGGAGCUUGCAUCCAUGUCGCCUCAGCGUCUCCACAAGAAGAAGGCUCAGCGAUUGUGCAGCAAGUUUGAUAUCAGGUAUCGCUCAAAUGAGAAGCCAGGGCUUCACUUGCCAUAUACUCACCCCUCUCUGGAGAGGGUCCGAACGUAUGUGACUUUGGCUGUGCAAGAGAAAAGAAUUGAACCCAGGCUCGUUGCAAACUAUGAUCUAGUCUGGAGCACAAUAUACCGCCCUGCUAAGAAGGUCUUGCAGAAGCCUGGUGCUGCAAGAGGUUUGUUGAAAGACCCGCUCAGCAAGUCCAUGGCUAUGCGCAAAAUCAGACACAACAAAGAACGAUGCUUGGACAUGACUCUUACAGAAGAAGACCCUGCUGGCAAUUCUCAUCCCGAGUUCAAGCAGGGCUUGCAUGAGAUCACAGGAGGGAGUGCUGCUGUAGCACCUGUAGAUGAAUGGCGGGUGCCCCGCACAGUGACAACCAUUAGCUUUGCUGAUGGGCACGUGUCUCGGGCCUACGUGACCUUGCGGAGCGGCUCAAUGCCUGAAUCUACCAGAAGGCGAUUGAACAAGGAGCUGGACAAGUUCCUCUUCAUUGAGCAGCAGCAAGUUUCCAGCCACAUUUGGAAUGAAUCCACGCAGGUUAAGUUCUUGAGCUUUUUGGCACAGGAAGUACGAGCAAGACGGAAGAUGCUUGGGUUGGAUGCAUCAGCUCGUGCUUUGGUGCUUAUGGACCAAGCAUCUGCACACAUGUCCAAGCGGUAUGAACGCAUCCAGCAGCAAUGGAGCAAACAGAACAAUAUUGAGCUCAUGUCCGGCCGAUCUGCCACCCCCGUGCCGGGUGGCUUUGGCGCGGCCGCUGGGCCUAACGAUGGGUGGCAUCAGUGGCUUCACGCGCUGACCAAAUCGUACCUACGAUUGGCGGUGGGGUGGGGCUCUUGGCCACAGCUCCGGACCCGUCUAGACGAACUGCAAAUGGGUCUGCAGUCCCAGCCAAGCACAAAGCAUCUGGAUUGCGCAUGGUAA